AGAGAGAGAGAGAGAGAGCAUCUUUAAAAACCCACAUUGCUUGUGAGUCGUGAACAUUUCGGAGCCUCUGGAAAAAGGAAAGAAAAGAAAAAAGUCUGAAUUCAGAAAACAAAAUAAUGCUAAACGAGGCGGCACCGAGCGUUUGAAAUUUCUAAUUUUUGGGCCAGUAUACCGGCGUUUUUUUCAAAUCCGUGUACCGUGAGAUUUUGUCGAAUAACGGGAGACCUGCACAGCUGCUGCCGGUAUGUGAGCGACUUCACACACUGAAGGUAAUAAAAAAAACCGGCUCGGUGUUUGUUCUUGAAUUUGCUUUUGUUUCCCAUCUCUCUCUCUUUCUCUUGCAUCAAUCUGAUGCUGCGUGAGGCUGCUGGGCGAUGAUGCAUCGGUGGGGCUUGACUGGGUGAAUUCGCAUCAUAUCAAGUUUAUAUGAUAUCGGACUGUUCGCCACGGCAAUGUAAAUUCGAGCAGUUAAGACAGUUUUUUUUUUUUUUUUUUGCUGACCCACCUUGCGACAAAAAAAAUAUAGCAAUGCCUUAUUUCGACGCGAGGUGCGAGGAUGCCUGUAGCUGUGGUUGUGUCAUUGCUGCGGCACACUCCGGAGCUCCUUUUCCCAAGACAGACACAACCAACCUCAGCUGAAGAGAAGACAGCGAGCUAUCAAGUGCUUUACCACCCAACAUAAGCCAUACGAACCCGUGCAUGUAGCCUAUGUGGGAGAAGGCCGAGCUGCUGACACACUCGAGGGCUCCUAUUGCACUGAGGUUCCCAAGAACUGCCACAUCCCCAAAUCCGUUUGAGGACUGCUGUGAGCUUACACGCUUCCUGAUGAUUUUUGGAGGGCAGCCCUGAUGCAUCUUGUGAGUGUGAAAACUCAAAGAGCCCUUUUGCCAGGUUUGCAUCACCAGACAGGAGACAGAGCAGACGGUAACUCUGUGUGUGUCAUGUUAGAGGCUGGACUCUUGCCUGCUCCCUCCAACUGUCAGCCAAAAGCUCUGACCUGCCCUGUCUGAGCCCUUUUUGUAUAUGAGCAUCACUGCUUUGCCACAACAGCACAACGGGAUAACAGUGUCCAGCAGCACCAAUAGUUUGCAGACAUUACUGUUUGUGUAUCUCCCCCCUCCCCCGGCCCUCCAUCAAAAUAAGAGCCCCCAGAAACCAGGGUCAGGAUGCAGGUGUCUUUCGCCUGCACUGAGCACAACCUCAAGAGUCGCAGUGAGGACCGUCUCUGUGGCCUUCGCACCGCCCCACCUCCUGGAGGAAGCAGUGGAGGAGGAGGGGGCGGUGAUCGAGGAGGAGGUGGUGGUAGUGGAGGAGGAGGUGGUAGUGGACAAGGGAGCAAUGGCAACUACAUGUCUCAAGGAAAGACCAGGGAGGGGUCCGGGUCCCGUCCGACUCCACAGGGCCAUGCCCACAUGAAGGAGGCCAUCGGGCGCCACAGCAGUAUGAAGUACAGGAACCUGGGGAAGUCAGGCCUACGUGUUUCCUGCCUCGGGUUAGGCACCUGGGUAACAUUUGGAUCACAGAUCUCUGAUGAGAUGGCUGAGAACCUGAUGACCAUAGCGUAUGAGAGUGGAGUGAACCUGUUUGACACAGCAGAGGUGUACGCCUCUGGAAGAGCGGAGAUCACUUUAGGGAACAUUGUCAAGAAGAAGGGAUGGAGGCGUUCAAGUUUUGUCAUCACAACAAAGAUCUAUUGGGGAGGCCAAGCAGAGACAGAGCGAGGACUCUCCAGAAAGCACAUUAUUGAAGGUUUAAGAGGAUCCUUAUCAAGACUCCAGCUAGAAUACGUGGACAUCGUUUUUGCCAACAGAAACGAUGUCAAUAGUCCUAUGGAAGAGAUUGUACGGGCCAUGACGUUUGUAAUAAACCAGGGUAUGGCCAUGUACUGGGGAACCUCACGCUGGAGUGCCAUGGAAAUCAUGGAGGCAUACUCAGUGGCACGCCAGUUCAACCUGAUACCACCGGUGUGUGAGCAGGCAGAGUAUCACUAUUUCCAGAGGGAUAAAGUGGAGGUGCAGCUUCCUGAGCUCUACCACAAGAUCGGUGUUGGAGCAAUGACCUGGUCUCCACUUGCUUGUGGAUUAAUCACAGGGAAGUACAGUGAUGGUGUGCCAGAGUGCUCCAGAGCAGCAAUGAAGGGAUACCAGUGGCUGAAGGAACGAGUGAACAGCGAGGAGGGCCGCAGGCAGCUCGCUAAAAUCAAGGAGCUCCAUCUACUGGCAGACAGACUGGGCUGCACUGCUGCACAGUUAGCCAUAGCCUGGUGUCUGCGCAGUGAGGGAGUUAGCUCAGUUCUUCUGGGUGUUUCUAAUACAGACCAGCUACUUGAGAACCUGGGUGCCCUACGGAUUUUAUCCCAAAUGAACCCUCAAACUAUUGCUGAGAUUGAUGCCCUGCUGGGAAACAAGCCACACUCAAAGAAAGAGUUGCGUGCUUGAAGAUACAAAUCUGAGUGACAGAUGAUGUUUUCGAGAAGACGAAGGAGACAAUAACAUUUAGGAAAAAUCGCUUUUUGCUCUGCUGUAUACUCAACAACUUGCAUGUCCACAGCAACAUUAUGCUUCCAGUAUGUGCGCAUAUUCAUUUUGCGCAGUACAUUGUAUCAUGUAUGAAAAAAAGAAGAUCUCUCAAUAGUAAAAAACAAAACAGGUCAUAUAUUGCUCUCUUCCAAUUGUUCACAGACUAAUUAUUUCUACAGAGGGGGAGGAUGGUUGGAGCGGCAGGUUUCUGCAAUACACAGAGAGGUUGAAAGAUAUUCAACUGUUGUCAAAGCACAUUUGACUCUUGGUAAUCAAAUGUUCUAAAGUUGGAAAAAAAAGACCGCUGUGCUAAAAUGCAACUUUAAAGCGUGAAUGGUGCUUUCAUUCUUUCCCUCGCAGCCGCCUGUUAUUCUGUAUGAUGUUUGUACCCAGCAGCCUGAGAGCCAAAGGUUAGUACUCAUGUGUCUAGCCUAACAUUUCCCAUAGUGUGCAUGUGACUGGUCUGCCACGCUCAGUGCUUUACAGGGUUGGGAACAAUGGAGUACUUGUAAAGUCAUUAUAGUGAAAAAAAAAAAAAGAAUCCAGUCUGGUGUAACUUUAAAAAAAGAACGGAUCAUAUGCUUUGAAAGUACACAAAUAUUGUGACAUUUUUUACACACUCGGAAACAAUGAUUGAUUUUGGCACAAAUCCUUGAUCGAAAUGAAAAUUAAUCAAUCAUACUGCAACAUUAACUGAUAGACCGGCUUUUGAAUUAGAGUGCAUUAUGUUAGGUAUUACAAUCUAAAAUUGGCAAUGAGGAAUCAGUAGUGGGCAAGAUUUUGAAAGUAACUUUCUCAACCCUGCUGCUCUGUCAGCAGUCUUUUCGCCUCUUCUGUUUGUAAACUGUGCGCAUGUCCCUUUAAGAGAGAAUAACCCUAACGGGGUGUAAAUGUGGCAUGGCUUUUAUGGCUUAUGUAGAUUUGCAGUGACCUUGUAAGCCAUUUUUGUACUCUAAAUGGUCUGGCAGUUUGAUCCAGGAUGCAUUAAAAACUCUCUGCAGUCUACAGACACAGCUGUGUGUCCAUCUGACGUAUAAUCUUUGUAUUGUCCUAAACUGUAUCAAAAUGUGUUGACAACACUUUCAAUGAUGCCAUUCUUGUGAAGAGCAUCAUUGUUCCUAAAUCAGAGGUUCAAGACAUUUGGAAAGGUCACUGAAAAUCUGACACAAAGAUCGGGACACACUGUGGUGAACUAGUAGUUUUCAAAUGAGAGGACAUCAAUGAUAAGACUGAGUUUAUCAAAUGUGAUAUCACUCUUGCCACAGCUCACUUAGGAUAAAUUUAGCAAAUGUAACUUUUUUUUGUGGAAGCCUAAACAUUUAGCUUCUCCGCUCAUUUCUCUGGGAGUUCUCUCUCUCUGUAUCGUUUGUUCAUUUGAUUCUUGCACACAUGCACGACUGGUUUUAUACUGUGCAUUUCAUGUCUUUUCCCUUUAGUUUUGUGUUGAUGUCAAAACUUUGUAAUAAGAAGGGGGGAUUUGUUCCUUUUGUGAUUUCCCCAUGAAAGCAGUACCAAUCGCCAGAGCGGGGAUGUGUUUUGAUACAUAGUUUAGUUUAGUUUCUACAAGGUUAUAUUGUACUGUAAAUAUGCUUAUCUGUUCGGCAGUGAGAGAAAGGUUGAAUAUAUGAAUCAUGAAAGAAUUCCUGAAGGAGCAGCUAAAACGUUGCUCCCCUCUGUGACUCUGUGAUGAUGUACAGUUUGACCGAGUGUAGCAUCCAGCGUACAUAGAUAACUUCAAUCAAACCUUGAAAAUGUAACUUUGCCUGCAUAACUUAUAUUUUACUGUCUUGCAACAAAGAGAAACCAAAAGAGAGAAGAGACAACUCAUACUGAAUGUAUCAUGUCUGUUGCUCAAACCUAUCCUAACCUAAAGGGACAAAGUACAAAACAUGUUUUAAAGGUAUAGUUUCUUUUUAUGUUUGAACGUGUUACAUAGAAACCUGCAGAGCUGUCGUGCACACAUUUACAUUGGGAUUCGGACAAAAAGGUUGUCCAAACAGGAGCUUUAUGCGCACAACAUACACACACACACACACACACACACACACACACAGUCAAGAUGUUUAAAGAUAGUCAGAAAAGAUUAUAUAGGCUAAUCAUAGCUGUUUUGCUUAAAUUAGCUAACCCGUUAACAUUUUGAAUAAACUGUUUAUUUGUGUAUAUGUGCAGGGAUAUUAACUUAUAAGCUGCAUAUAACCUAUCCCCAAAAAGAAUAGUAUAUGGGUUAUAACCUACAAUGCCCCUAGUUCUAGGAUUAUAAUCGAUAAACAGUCUAACAUACCAUGUGCUCCCAUGAUAAAACUGUAAUCCCUCAGAGUAAAAAUGUUUAUGUAGAUAGAAAGUAAAACAAGCAGCAGCAUCAGCUUGAAGUACUGCUUUUUCUAUUCUAAUUGGUAUAGUUGCACUCAUAACAUAAGCCAGAUUAAUAUAAGACAUCAGUACAUAACACACACACCAUAAUGCACACCUGCAAUGCUUCAGACAGAUCAGACAGUCUACCUUGAACCUUGAACAGGUUUAGUUGCUCCAUUUCUGCACCCAGUGAAGCUCUUAAUGUGCCUGUGUCUGCUUCCUGGUGUGUUACACUAAAAGGACUUUUUUUUAACAGCAACAGGUACUGAGCUUGCACCAUGAUUUUGUCUGUGCGUAAAUCUUAGGCACAUCAAUGUUAUGUCUAUGUGGCUCUUCAGACAAAGAAAGAUGCAGAGCUGCUUGUAAAAGCUCACACUCAAUACUGUUUGUGCCCAUGCAGAAUUAGAUCAAGCUCUUAUUUUUAUUCCUGAGUGUUUCUCAUUCUGGCAAAGACAUUUUAUUAGAUGACAUGAACACAUUUUUUGCUUUUUUGUUUAUUAAUUUGUGAAAAACAGCUAUGUUUUGCAGGCUCACACAUUAUAUGUGUAACAAAGGCCCACACCUACUAAAUAUCUGUGGUGGCAUUAGGCAAUUAAGGUUGGAAAAUAGCGCUUUUGCAUUAUUACCAUGUGUACACAGAGAUAUACAAUUGCAUAUGAACAUACUAAGCAUACGAAGGUGCCACAUUUGCACUUACACGUUAUAGUAGAAUGUAUUUUGAUGUUUGCUAAAUAAUGGCUCUCUUCUUGGUAAAAAUGUAUAUGUAAUGGAAAACAAUAGCUGCUUUACAAGGCGGAUGAAAAACACAACUUUAAAAUGCAAAUAACUCUUUGAAGUAAAAAAAAAAAAAGAAAGUAAGAGCUACCAAGCCAUGCAAUAUUUUCACCACAAACUAAAUGGACUCCUGUCAUCCUUCCUAAUGUCCGACAGGGUCAAUCAAAUGGAUGCUACAAGAACAAUGUGACAGCUGUGUCCAGCACUGAUCCGUGCUGCUGAAAGAGCAGAGCCUGCCGGGACACAACACAUGCUUACCACAAACAGAAAACAUCUGUGAUGCCGACACUGCUAGCCUCUUCGUUGCUGGACUCCCAAAAUGUCAUUGAAGUGAUAUAUGAAACAUAUGUGUGUAUUACAGAAAGCCCCUAUCUGAUAAAGAUUAUCAUACGUGCUGGAAAACGUUGGAUGUGUCACAGCCAACACUGUCGGAGAAAAACCUGUUUCACCGCGUGAUUAAUCCUUCUUGUAAAGAAGCUGGUUGGACAAGGUGAUGAAAAACAGAAAGCAAGAAAGUAGCUGGUCAGAACACAUUUGAGAUUUACAAGCCCCCACAUCUAAUAAAAUACACAUCAUACCUU